UGCCUUUGCAGCGAAUUGAUGAUGAAGGUAGCACUCUUGCUUUCUCUCUUUGGCGCAGCCAUGGCUGCAAGUGACGGCAAAGAAUCAGUGCCGGGUCAGAAGCUUCUUUGGCAGAAUGAAAGUUUGGUUGGAGGUUAUCAAGAUGCCUGGAAAAGCAUUGGACAAGCAGAGAACGUGACGUAUGUACUCGCCAAGGCAACAUACGAAAAUGACACAGGAUCCUGGGGUCAACAAUUCAAGUGCCUGAGCGUGAAAGAAACAAAUAAGAAUGAGACAGCUAAAACAGUUACAUCUGUUUUCACGUUCAGAAAUGCGUCUAGCCAUGGUUCAGAAUAUUUCAAUGUAACAGAAACAGUGCAGGCCGUAUCCACCGAAGGCUACAGCACGACAAAAAACGCAAUUCAUUACCUAGUUGCUGGAAACUUCACAGACCAACUUAUCUUUACUGAUGGAGAAGUGUGCGAUGUUUUCUACGUGCCUUAUCAAAGCAAUGGGUGCGAACUCUGGGUCAGAAAGGAGAACGUGAGCAGCAUUCCGGAGUGCUGCCUGUUCGUGUUCAAUGUAUUCUGUGCGCAACGACAUGCUGUUUACGAUAAAUACAAUGAAACAGAAUGCGCUGAUAGUGCAAGCCGAUGACUUGUGUGACCAAUACUUUUAUAAACCUCACUGUUUUGUAGCCGGUAGCAUGCACUUAGAGAUAAUAAAAGCUUAUUAGAUUGCA